CAAUAACAUCAUCAUUCACACUCUUUCUUCUUCCCUAGAAAUAUUUCAUCUUUGAAAAUGGCUUCUAAUAUUUCGUCAGCAUUGCUUCUUCUUUCAAUACUAAUGAGUAUCCAAUUACUAGUCUCAGCUGGUAAUUUUUAUAGAGAUGCAGAGAUUACUUGGGGCGAAGGACGCGGUAAAAUACAAGAAGGUGGUCGAGGCCUCGCCCUUACUCUUGAUAAACUUUCUGGCUCCGGUUUCCAAUCCAAGAAUGAAUAUCUUUUUGGAAGAUUUGAUAUGCAACUUAAGCUUGUCCCUGGAAAUUCUGCUGGCACUGUUACAACUUUCUUUUUAUCUUCACAAGGAGAAGGACAUGAUGAGAUUGAUUUUGAGUUCUUAGGAAAUGUGUCUGGCCAGCCUUACACAGUGCAUACCAAUGUAUAUACACAAGGAAAAGGAAACAAAGAACAACAAUUCCACCUUUGGUUCGAUCCAACUUCCGCAUUUCACACUUACUCCAUUGUCUGGAACCCUCACCGCAUAGUGUUCCUAGUAGAUAAAAGUCCCAUAAGAGUAUACAACAACCAUGAAAACAUUGGAAUUCCAUUCCCAAAGAGCCAAGCAAUGAGGGUAUACUGCAGUUUGUGGAAUGCAGAUGAGUGGGCAACACAAGGAGGCAGAGUGAAGACUGAUUGGACACUUUCUCCUUUCACUGCUUAUUACAGAAACAUCAAUAUUGAUGGAUGUGCAAUGUCAUCAGGCACCUCUUCAUGUAAGUCCACAAAUAAUGUUAAGCCAUGGCAAACACAUGAACUUGAUGGUAAGGGAAGGAAUAGGCUCAGAUGGGUGCAAAGCAGACACAUGGUUUACAAUUACUGUGCUGAUUCUAAGAGGUUUCCUCAAGGUUUUUCUGCUGAAUGCAAGAGCUCAAGAUUUUAAGAAAUGAGAGUAUGAAAUUCUUUAUUCUUUGUACCAAUAAGAGUUUUGUUGGUUACUUAUUUUGUUGCGGUGUAAUUGGGUAUUAAUCAAGUCUAUCUCUGGCAUGGAACUACAUGAUUGCUAUAAUUUUAUGUCAUGAAGUAUGGCUUUUGAUGUUCUUAGUUGAUGAAGUGUAGGAGUAAUUUCUGUCUAACUGCAAAAUUUCUACAUUUAGAGUUCUUAAAUUCAUGCAAGUAUGAACUGAA